AUGGAAAAUACCACUGAGGAGUUCAUGUUUGUGCUUCAUGGAUUGAAUGACACAAAGACAAACAAACACAUUUACUUUGCAAUUGGUCUUGUUGUGUAUAUAGUAACUCUGCUUGUAAAUUUGACACUAAUUAUUACUGUCAUUCUUGACAAGACACUUCAUGAACCAAUGUAUUUGUUCAUAUGCAAUUUGUAUAUAAAUGGAAUAGGUGGUGCUUCUGCUUUCUAUCCAAAGAUCCUUGCUGAUCUUUUUUCAGACACUCAUGUUAUUUCAUACCCUGGAUGCCUAACACAAAUAUUUGUAAUUUACUGGUAUGUUUUCUGUGAAUUUACAAGUCUAACAAUCAUGGCAUAUGACAGAUAUUUAGCUAUUUGUAAACCUUUGGAAUAUCACUGUAUUAUGACACAGCAAAUGGUGGUGAAACUUUUGGUUUGUACCUGGUUUUUCUCCUUACUAGAAAUAUCUAUUGGAAUUGUAUUGACAUCUCGACUAACCUUAUGUGGUAUUGACAUUGACAAGCUUUACUGCUUUAACUGGGAUGUUGUAAAGCUUUCCUGCACAGAUAUCACUUUGGACAACAUAUAUGGGUAUAUUUUAAUAUUUUCUCAUGUUUUCCAAGCUGGUUUCAUCAUUGUUUCAUACAUUCACAUUAUUAAUGCCUCUUUGUACUCCAAGACAGAGCAAAUCAAAUUCAUGCAGACAUGCCUGCCACAUUUAAUAACUCUUUUAAACUUUAAUAUUUCCCUGCUGCUUGACAUUUUGUGUGCUCGCUAUGGCAAAGGUGAGAGACUGCAGGCUCUGCGUAAUAUUUUAGGUAUAGAGUUUCUUGUGGUGCCUCCUCUCAUAAACCCCAUCAUUUAUGGGAUCAGGAUGACACAGAUUCGCAGCCGGUUUGUAAAAAUAUACAGACAGAAAGUUAAAGCCCUUAGAUGA